GAUGUAGCUAUUAUUGGCAUGUCCUGCCGCACGGCUGGAGGCAACAACACGCCCGAGAAACUAUGGGAGUUUUUGAUGGACCAGAAGAGUGCCUCGGGUGAGGUCCCACGCUGGAGGUGGGAGCCAUGGUUACGCCGUGAUGUUCGCAAUGCCCGUGAACUGGAGAAAACAAUUGACAGAGGUUACUUCAUCGAGGACCUCGAGAACUUCGAUGCUGCGUUCUUUGGUAUUUCUCCCAAAGAGGCAGAGCAGAUGGAUCCGCAUCAGCGCCUGGCGCUGGAGCUGAGUUGGGAGGCUCUCGAGAAUGCCGGAGUUGACCCCAAGCGCCUUAGCGGGUCAGACACAGCCGUAUUCAUGGGCAUUGAUACAGAUGACUACUCUCGCUUGUUGAUAGAAGACCUGCCUAAUAUCGAGGCCUGGAUGGGUAUUGGCACCGCUUUUCAUGGAGUGCCGAACCGGAUUUCCUACCACCUCGAUCUCAUGGGUCCUAGCGUAGCAGUCGACGCAGCAUGUGCCUCGUCGCUCGUGGCCAUCCACCUGGGUCGCCAGGCCAUCUUGAACGGAGAGUCUGGUGUUGCCAUUGUCGGCGGCGUGCAUGUACUAGUAGCCCCAGGACUGACACGCAUGUUGGGCAAGGCUGGAGCAUUAAGUCCUGACGGCAUAUGCCGCUCAUUCGAUGAUGCAGCCAACGGUUAUGCUCGAGGUGAAGGUGGUGCCGUUGUCAUCUUGAAGCGUCUUUCCGCUGCCAUCGCUGAUGGGGACAACAUCCUCGCCAUAUGCAAAGGGACUGCAGUCGCUCAAGACGGGAAAACAAAUGGCAUUAUGGCACCAAACGCAAAAGCACAAGAGCUUGUGGCACGACAAGCCCUCGAUCGAGCUGGUAUCGAUGCACACACAGUGACUUAUGUUGAGGCACAUGCAACAUCCACGCCACUGGGAGAUCCUACGGAGAUAUCCGCCAUUUCUGCCGUAUACGGUGCAGGGUCAGGGAGGCCACUCGAUGAGCCUGUCAUGGUUGGGUCCAUAAAGCCGAAUGUCGGCCACCUGGAAGCUGCAGCCGGUGCAAUCGGCAUGGUGAAAGCAAUCCUGGCGAUGAAGCAUGGCAAGGUACCCCCACAGGCCUACUUGACCAAAUUAAAUUCACGCAUCGAUUGGAAGAACUCGGGGCUCAAUGUCGUUCAAGCACCGACGGACUGGUCCAAUAAAUCAGGACCAAGGCGAGCCGCAAUUUGCUCAUACGGAUACGGCGGAACUGUUUCGCACGCCGUCAUCGAGGAGUUUAUCUACAAUGCCGCCAGUCGCCUGGAUUCAGUUCGACUAGAGGAGCCACAUCCUGUCAUCCUGACCAUCUCGGCGGCGCAGGAGAAAAGGCUUUCCGGGCAAGCUCUUAAGCUUUCGCAAUGGCUCGAUACCCCCAAGGCUCGCAGCACGAGCUUAGCAGCAGUUGCGCGUACUCUAGCACUACGCCGAGCCCAUCAUGACUAUCGGGCCGCCUUCGCGGUAAGUAGCCACGAAGAGGCCGUGGAAGCACUCGAAAGGUUUGCGGCGGGUUCUGAGGAGAUCUCUGAUAACAGCGCUCGAGGAAGAGUACUCCAAGCAGGCAAUGGUCCUGCUAGGCACGCCGCUUGGGUGUUCUCUGGUCAUGGUGCUCAGUGGACGGACAUGGGCAAAGAACUGCUACAUGAUGCCGCUUUCCGCAAAGCUAUCGCUACACUUGAGUCGUUAUACUUGAAAGAAGCUGGCUUUUCGCUUGUCAAAGCUCUCGAAAACGGCGAUUUCGAAUCAUCGGAGCGCGUCCAGUCUCUGACUUACGCCAUGCAAAUCGGUCUAAGCCAAGUGCUCAGGUCCAAGGGGCUCGAGCCUCAAGCCGUGAUUGGCCAUUCUGUGGGCGAGAUAGCGGCUUCCGUCGUUGGUGGUUGCCUUACACCGGAAGAAGGAGCAUUGAUCGUGAUCCGCCGAGCAAAGCUGUACGGAACUAUUCGAGCAUUGACUACUGGGGGUAUGGCACUUGUGAACCGCCCCUACGAUGAAGUUGCAGCAGAGCUUACGAACAACGCAAAUCUGUGUGCGGCAAUCGAUUCCUCUCCCUCGACCUGCGUCAUCAGUGGAGAAGAGACGGCUGUGCGGGAAUAUGUAGAGACACAGAAAGCUCGGGGCAUCAAAACGUUUCGAGUCGAGACCGACAUCGCAUUCCACAGCCCUAUUCUCGAACAGCUUGCAGCCCCCCUCAAGGAGGCAUUAGCUGGGUCCUUAAAGCCUCAAAUCCCCAAUAUCCCGGUGUACUCGACGUCUAACACGGACCCACGAACACCAGCUCUUCGGGAUAUAGAAUAUUGGGUCAACAAUAUGAUUAGGCCAGUCUUGCUAAAGUCGGCAGUCAAUGCAGCCGCCGCCGAUGGGUACCGAGUAUUCGUUGAAGUCUCUUCACAUCCCAUCGUGCUUCAUUCUGUCAAUGAGACACUGCUCUCCGGUAAUCUCGAUGAGGAAGACUUCGUCACUGUGCCGACAAUGAAGCGCGGUAGAUCAGCUCUUGGGUGUGUCUGGAACGCCCUCGCACAGCUUUACGUGAGUGGUGCAGAAAUCAACUUCGCAGCACAAUUGAAAGAAGAGAGCCAGUGGUGUCAAACCGUUCCGGGGACCCCGUGGCUCCACAAGCCGUAUUGGAAGCAGGUUGAAACUGGUCCGCUGAAUCAAGAGAUUACUCAUGAUGUAGACAAGCACACUCUGCUUGGCCAGCGGAUCACCGUGGGCGGCACAGAUACCGUGAUGUAUACAACCAAGCUUGAUGACAAGGUGAAACCAUUUCCCGGGACCCAUCCACUGGACGGCACAGAGAUCAUCCCCGCUGCGGUGUACAUCAACACUUUCCACUCUGCUACUGGUGCCACGGUGCUUUCGGAUAUAAAACUCAACGUUCCGGUCUCGAUUAGUGAGGAAACCCGCAAUGUGCAGAUUAUCGUCGAGGGUCAUCAAAUCAAAGUUGCCUCGAGCACAAUCGCGGAGUCGGAGGAUGCGGAGCAGUACUGGGUCGCGCAUAGCUCGUGCCAUUGGAGCAAGGCUGAUGCCGAUUCCAGCUUGUCCCAGAGUGUCGACGUCGAGGCCAUCAAGAAGCGCAUUGGAACCCUUCUGCCUAACACUUUCGCGGUAGACUAUCUCACCCAGAUUGGCGUGGAGGGCAUUGCCUUCCCGUGGCAAGUCAUAGAGCACUACGGCAACGCGAAAGAAAUGAUCGCCAAAGUCGACAUGGACCCUGAGGCCCAGGAGCUGAGCUGGGACCCAAAAUCGUGGGCACCAUUGCUCGAUGCGGCGACGUCUGUUGGAUCGUCCAUCUUUUUCACCGAGCCAAAGCUGAGGAUUGUCUCGCAGAUCGAUCGUGUCUCACUCCACUCAUCAAAGCCCCCACCCAAGAUUGGCUAUCUCUUCAUUCAAGAAGCCACUGAUGCGCAAAGCCCAGCCUCUCACGUGAGUGUUCUGGACGAGCAAGGCUUACUGCUAGCCAAGUUCACUUCCAUGAGAUUCUCUGGAGUCGAAGACGCUGUGGGUGCUAGUGGUAGCGUUGACAGUCUCGUGCAUCGCAUGGACUGGAUACCGCCCAAAUUCUCGGAAAAGCCCCGACGAUUUGCUCAAGUCGUGGUGGUGUCCACCGAUCAUUCAACUGCAAGCCGAUAUCUCGAGAAGUUGCAGGCGGAGAAUAGCCAGGUGUUAUUAUGCCUCAGCGCAGAGGAAAUGGGCAGACCUGAAGUUGUCGCUGCUCUGGCUCAGAAGGACAGCGCAGUUAUCUACAUCCCCGGGCAAGUGGAUUCUAUAAAUGAAGUGAGCACUAAGUCCACGGAAUUCAUCUGGGAGACUACUAGCAUCGUCAAGUUGCUUCUCGACCGAUCUGAGAGCACUAGCAAGGUAUUUGUCGUUACGGACUCUGUUUUUGCCGGCAAGACAACGACCGGACUCGCGCACGGCGCCUUGUAUGGACUUGCGCGUAUCAUCGCGGCAGAGCAUCCGGACAUCUGGGGGGGCCUCAUCGACAAUGACAAGCGGGACACCGUGCCGUCGCUGGCCUUGAAGUACGUCCAGGAUCAGGAUGUGUUGCGGUUCAUCGAUGGCAUGCCUAGGCGCGCGAUUCUGAGGCCCCUGCUGAAGAGUCAGCGCCAUGAGCCGGAGUCGUCGAAGUCGCUGCUCCCCAAACCUGAAGGCACUUACAUCAUCACUGGUGGUCUUGGAGCUCUGGGCCUGCGGACGUGCAACUUCUUGGUUGAGAAUGGCGCUCGUCGUAUCGUGCUUUUAUCCCGUCAAGGGCUGCCCCCUCGCCGAAAAUGGCCUGAGUUGGUUGUGAAUGACGAAAAGCUAUCGGCAACUGUGCAGCUGGUCCAGGAGUUCGAAAAGGCGGGUGCCUCCAUCCAUCCCGUCGCGCUGGACAUCGCUGCCGAAGGUGCCGCGCAAAAGCUACAGGAAAUCCUCGACAACAUGAGCUUACCCCCUGUUCUUGGAGUCGUUCAUGCGGCUGGAGUUUUGGAGGAUAGCUUGGUGCUAGAGACCUCCCGGGAAUCUUUCGAACGAGUGCUUGCGCCGAAGGUCAGAGGAGCCCUCGCAUUGCACGAGGCCUUCCCACCGCGCACUCUGGACUUCUUCGUUCUCUAUUCCAGCAUCGGCCAGCUUGUCGGCACGGCCGGGCAAGCUUCGUACGGGUCUGGAAACGCUUUCCUAGAUGCGCUUGCGACAUACCGUCGGGACCAGGGGGACAACUCUGUAGCGUUCCAGUGGACCGCUUGGCGCGGUUCAGGCAUGGGCACAUCCGAGUUUCUCGCCGUCGAGCUGCAGAGCAAAGGGAUCACGGAUGUCUCGGACGCCGACGCUUUCCGCGCCUGGAAGCACUUGAGCCGGUAUGACAUCGACAACGCCGUCGUCACACGCUGCCUCGCGAUGGAAGAAGGCGAGCCCGUUGCGGUACCCUUGCUCGAAGACGUAGUGGUGCGAAAACCACGAUCCAGAAGCGACGGCACCGCCAGCGGUGGCUCCGCAGAGGAGAUAGCCAGCGGCACUAGGAAAGACGCUGUACCCGACACGCCCGAGAAGUUGCAGGAGUGGUUGACGACCAGAAUUCGCGAGUGUAUUGCCGCUGUGCUCAUGAUUACUGAUAUUGAGGACAUCGACCCGCGCAUGCCCGUGUCGGAUCUCGGUGUCGACAGUGUAAUGACUGUCGCACUGCGGCAGAAACUACAGACAGUGUUGAAAGUAAAGGUGCCACCGACGUUGACAUGGAAUCAUCCAACGGUGAACCACCUGGUCGCUUGGUUUACGGCGAAGAUGGGUGAAGCAACAUCAUGAUACCCUGCGUUUUCCUCUUAUACGUCUU